UCUAUGGUCAAUUCCAGGUUUCGGGGAAGUGUUGUCUUAUUGUUCAACAGACAGAUAAACUGCUAUGGUGUUCGGGGACGCUGUGAAAUGACGGUCUUACGAUGUUUUUCAGCGUCCUGUUCGUUCUAGUCGUCGUCCAAGCACUGUCUGAGUCGCCACCGGCUCCACAGAACAUCCAUGUUGAUAACUGGCUGCUGACAUGGACUCCUGCCUCAGAGGGAGAUACCACCUACACUGUUCAGUACAGCCGCUUUAACAACCGCAAGUGGACAAAUGUGUCAUCCUGCGUCCACAUAUCUUCAAAUUCCUGUAAUGUAACUUCCACCAAAGCUGAGGCCGAGCACGGCUGCGUCAGGCUGCGUGUGCGAGCAGAGAGGCGUGGGCUGCCCUCGCCACCAGUCGAAGCCUGUAGCAGACAUGGUGACACCUGUACUCCUGACUUGAGUCUGAUGCCAGGGCCCGGCUCCCUCACGGUUUAUUUGACUAUGAACCACAGUUUGGCCCAGGAAUAUGGACGCCAUGCAAAAUACAGGGUUUACUAUGGCAAGGAAGGAGAGCCCCUGCUGGCAAAUUCCACAAAGUAUGAAGAUGCUGAGGCCUCCGUGACCAUCUCUGAGCUGCAGGAGGGACAGCGGUACUGUGUACAGGUGCAGUACCGUUACUUUAAAAGUAGCAUCGGACUGCCCACCUGUACCCAGUGUGAGCUCAUCCCAGAAUCAAAAAAAGACUCGAACCAAACAGUGAUACUAGUUGUGGGGCCCAUCAUGGUCCCGGUCCUCCUGAUUCCUUUGAUAGCCUACUUCCUCAUCUGUAAGAGUGAGAGAAUCAAGCAGUGGCUGCGACCGCCGUACGAGCUCCCAGAAGAUUUCCUGGAAUCAUUUCCUGAGCAUCACCUUCCCAUCUCCAGCAGCAGCCCCACUGAGGAGUGCUGGGAUGUCAUUUCUUCCAUUUCCCCUCAGGAGUGAAGCAACUGAAAGCAGCAUCUGCUUCUGCACUACUCCUCCUGUUCGCUCUUGUUAUUGUGCCUCACAUUUCUGUCUGGUCUCAGGAUAACAGACAAUUUGAUUUCUAGUUCAAACGUAAUUGCUGGGAAGAGGAAGUCUAAUUUGAUCUACAUCUGGCUUUCACUCUAGGAGAGAAAAGGGAGCAAUGAAAAGACUGAACCACUCUCUAGAUCACUCAAGUAAAAAGGCUCCACACUGUUAUUACCCCCACUCUCAUUUGGUUUAAUAUGGCCUCAAGUCAUCUAGGAAAUUGUAAGUAACAUAAACACUGAGGUCCAAAGUUAAUAAAGAUUGUUACAGGAAAGUGUGUGCCAAAUUGAAGUGCACUUUGCCAGCCUUGUCAGGCUAUGGAGAGCCACAGUUGUCAUUAAUCAGCUCUUUAGAAACAGUUAAAGCCACACACAGACAGGAUCGCACACAAACAGUGCGACCUCCUCUCACCUAUACAUUAGACCGUUCUAGGGAAGAUCUCCACAGUGCCUUCCUUUGAGCCAAGAAUACUGCUGAACAUACUGCUGUACAUUCAUGUUUUAUGUGCUACUUUAGUUUAUUUGAAAGUGUAUCACUCCCAUUUCUUUUUGUUGCCCUAUAGGCAUUAAUGAACAGUAUUAUAACGCUCACAGCAUCAACUAAGUUUGGUUUAAUAAAAUAACCUACAAACACGCAGAUACAAUCCUUAGCUCUGUAUGGCUAUGAGGAGCGUUUGAUAACCCCCAAAUCCUUAAAUGUACCAGUUGAUUUAAUCUGUGAUCUGGGAGGACAUUUUGUCUAAAACUCCUGGAUAUUUCUUGACACUUAUGAAUCAAGCCAUUCUGCAGAAGGCUCCGUUCAGCGGAGGCGCUAAUGUUAAUUGUGUGUUCAGUGGUUCUGUACUGUAAUUGUUAUUCAUUGAAUAUAGAUUAGCUAUAGAUUUUCUGACUAUCAUGAUGUUGCCCUUGUCCGGCUGACAAUAUUGACCGCAUCCGUGGUUUUUCCUGACCUAUGU